AACGUUUCUUGUUUCUUGUUUUUACGCUGAACGAGAAAUGGCGGCGGCUGUUUGACGAACAGAGCCGCUGAUACGCAAAAUGUUUCAAGUCUCCGAAAUGAUUUAUCUUUUCAUUAGAAAAGGUCGCAUCUGUGAAUAAUGGCACAGUUCCUCCGAGUGUGGAAACCGGAAAUCUGUUGUGUGGCCAGAAAUUAUGGGACUCAGAGGUAUCAACAGAAUCAUUAUGAAACCUUAAAUGUUUCGCCUGACGCAUCGCAGAAAGAGAUUAAACGAGCUUUUAUCAGAUUAUCGAAGCAACUGCAUCCUGAUACCAGUGGCAAGCAAGGACAUGCUGAUUUUGUCAGGCUGAACGAGGCAUAUUCGAUUCUGGGAAAAGAAAGUACGAGACGUCAAUAUGAUUUUGAUUUGAAAUGUAAUAGAUAUAAUCCAUCUUAUACAUAUAACUCACGAAACAUAUACUAUAGAAGUCAAUGGGAAUAUGAAGUACGUACGGCAGGUGGACCAUGGCCACCACCUCCGCACAAACCAAAUAAAUAUUUUGGUCUUUUAGUAGCGUUUACAUGUUUUGCCUUGGGAUUUCUGCAAAUUGUUUUUAUGUUUUAUUCUAUGAGUGUGAGGGGGAGAGUAAAUUUGCGAAAUGCUCAUAUAGCUUAUGAAUACCAACGAAUUCGAGACGCUGCAAAUACUAAGUCCAACUUAGCUAUAAAAGAUCUUAACUCUACAGAAAAUCUUAACGAGUACCUGAGUAAGGAUGGUAGCAAAAAUUAUAUUAGUAAGGACAGUAGCGAAUGUUAGCAAAAAUUAUAUUAGAAAUUAAAGUGACAAUUAUUUU